UGUCAGCUUCCCUGAGCUGCCCCUCUGCUCUCUUUACUUGGUCCCUUACUUGGCACUGAGAUGGCAGAGCCUGGGCUGAGGGGGCUGCUGCUCUUGGUGGUCCUCCUGCAUUUGGUCCAUGCAGAGAGCUACACUCCUGAGCGGGGAGCCUACAUGUGUGCCUUCUAUGACGACUGUGGGGAAAACCCUGAAUUGUCCAGCAGCCUCAUCCCGCUGUCCAACGUGUCUUGUUUAUCUAAUACUCCAGCCCGCAAACUCAGUGGGGACCAUUUGCAGCUCUUGAAUGAGAUCUGCCCUCGGCUGUACCAAGGCCCUGACUCUACUUAUGCCUGCUGUUCGGUCAAACAGCUAUUGGCUCUGCAGAGUAGCCUGGCAGUGACCAAGGUCCUUCUCAACCGCUGCCCAGCCUGUUCUGAGAACUUUGCCAGCUUGUACUGCCAGAACACCUGUAGCCCCAACCAGACUGUUUUCAUCAAUGUGACCCGCAUCUCUGCCAUUGCAGGGACUAACCUCUCCAAGGUGCUGGCCUAUGAUGCUUUCUACACAUACAGUUUUGCAGAGCGGGCCUACAAUUCCUGCAGCAAAGUGCAAAUCCCUGCGUCCGGCAGCUUGGCUAUAGGUACCAUGUGUGGAGUCUAUGGAUCUGAUCUCUGUAAUGCCCAGCGUUGGCUCGAUUACCAGGGUAACACAGGCAAUGGGUUUGCUCCUGUGGAACUUGGCUUUCAUCUCUUGCAGCCUGGCCAAGUCCCAGGGGAUGGGAUGGAGGCCCUGGAUGCAGAAAUGUGGGGCUGCAAUGAGACUCGGGGUAAUGAUUCUGAGGCGUGCUCUUGCCAGGACUGUGCCGCAUCCUGUCCUGUUAUUGCCCACCCUCCCAUGCUGGAUUCAACCUUUCGAAUAGGGAGGAUGCAUGGUGGGCAGGUCCUGGCGAUCCUCCUCUCUGCUCUCUUCAUCUCAUUCUUCACGUUCCUUGUGGUUCGUCUCUGCCUCAAAAAAAAGGACCGAACGCCCAAGAAGGACACAGGCUGCUCUCACCGGGUCAGCCGCUUUGCUCACAUCAUCCUUGGCAACCUGUUCCAGCGUUGGGGCACGUGGGUGGCCUCAUGGCCAAAGGCGGUUUUGUGUCUCUCUAUAGCAUUGGUAGUGGGACUGUCAUGUGGUAUGGUCUUCCUGGAGAUGACCACAGAUCCAGUAGAGCUGUGGUCAAAUCCCAAUAGCCAGGCCAGGAGGGAGAAGGAAUUCCAUGACCUCUAUUUUGGGCCUUUCUUACGCACCAACCAAGUGAUCCUGACAGCUCCCGGCCAGCCUCGUUACACCUAUGAUUCCCUGCUUCUGGGACCCAAGAACUUCAGUGGCAUUUUGAACGAGAGCUUGCUCCUUCAGCUGCUAGAGCUACAAGAAGAGCUGAGGCACAUAGAGGUCUGGUCAGAGGAAGAGCAACGUAACGUCUCCCUGAAGGACAUCUGCUAUGCGCCUCUCAACCCCCAAAAUCCCAGCCUGGGGGACUGCUGCAUCAACAGCUUCCUGCAGUACUUCCAAAGCAGUCGUGCCAACCUUCUACUCACUGCCAACCAAACCCUGACAGGGCGCACGGCGGAGGUGAACUGGAGAGACCACUUUCUCUACUGUGUCAAUUCCCCCCUCUCAUUCAUGGAUGGCACGUCCUUGGCUCUGAGCUGCAUAGCUGAUUAUGGGGCUCCUGUCUUUCCUUUCCUUGCUGUGGGAGGUUACACAGGGCAGGAUUAUUCUGAUGCUGAGGCUCUCCUCCUGACUUUCUCUCUGAACAAUUACCCUGCUGGGGAUCCCCGCCUGGCGCAAGUUCAGCUCUGGGAGAACCACUUUCUGAAGGUGAUGAGAGACUUCCAGGACCGUACAGCAGGCACCUUUGAAGUUGCCUUCAUGGCAGAGCGUUCUCUGGAAGAUGAGUUAAGUCGCACCAUAGUCGAGGAUGUGCCUGUCUUUGCAAGCAGCUACGUCAUUGUCUUCCUGUACAUUUCUCUGGCCUUGGGUAGAUACUCCAGCUGGUCCCGUUUGUUGGUGGACUCCAAGGUAACUUUGGGCCUAGGUGGAAUCCUGGUGGUGCUAGGAUCUGUCCUCUCCUCAAUGGGCUUCUUCUCCUACUUGGCCGUCCCCACUUCUAUGGUGAUCAUCCAAGUUGUUCCCUUCCUUGUGCUUGCUGUUGGAGCUGACAACAUCUUCAUCUUUGUUCUUGAGUAUCAGAGGCUGCCCCGUCUCCCAGGGGAAAAACGGGAGGCACAUAUUGGACGAGCCCUGGGCAGCGUAGCUCCCAGCAUGCUCCUUUGCAGUCUCUCUGAGGCCAUCUGUUUCUUCUUUGGUGCACUGACACCGAUGCCAGCUGUGCGCACUUUUGCUCUGACAGCUGGUAUGGCGAUUAUAUUUGAUUUCCUGCUGCAGAUAUCAGCUUUUGUUGCCUUGCUCUCCCUGGACAGCAAAAGGCAAGAGGCCGGCCGCAAGGAUGUUUGCUGCUGUGCUCGGCCCAGUAAAUUGCCUUCCUCUCAGGAGGGUGAAGGUCUCCUACUUCACUUCUUCCGCAAGUUUUAUGCCCCUUUCUUGCUGCAUGGAUUCACCCGGGUCAUUGUGUUUGGGCUCUUCAUAGCCCUGUUUGGUGUGAGCCUCUAUUACAUGUGCUACAUCGAGGUGGGGCUGGACCAGGAGUUGUCACUACCCAAGGAUUCAUAUCUUCUGAAUUACUUCCUGUCCCUGAACCAUUACCUUGAAGUUGGAGUGCCUGUUUACUUUGUGACCACUUCCGGCUAUAACUUUUCGAGCUUGGAUGGCAUGAAUGCUAUCUGCUCUAGUUCGGGCUGUGAUACUUAUUCCCUUACCCAGAAGAUCCAAUAUGCCACAGAGUUCCCUAAAGAGUCUUAUCUGGCUAUCCCAGCUUCCUCCUGGGUGGAUGACUUCAUUGACUGGCUGUCACCCAUCUCUGAUUGCUGUCGUCUUUACAGAGAUGACUCCUUUUGUCCUUCUACUGAAGGUACCUUUACCUGCUUACGGAGGUGUGUAAGCGCUGCUAGCACUACUCGGCCCACAGAGGAGCAGUUCUACAAGUACCUGCCUUGGUUUUUGGAAGACAAAGCCAAUACCAAGUGCCCGAAGGGGGGCCUGGGAGCUUAUGAUGGUUCUGUGAACAUUAGUGCAGAUGGUGAGAUAGUAGCUACCCGGUUUAUGGCUUACCAAAUGCCCCUCAAGAAUUCUCACGAAUAUACAGAAGCUCUACGGGCUGCCCGGGAGCUGGCAAAAAACAUCACAGAUGGCUUGCGGAAAGUUCCAGGGACUGAUCCUAACUUUGAAGUCUUCCCCUACACAAUCACCUACGUGUAUUAUGAACAGUACCUGACCAUCGUCUCAGAGGGGCUAUUCAUUCUGUUUCUCUGCCUCAUACCCACAUUUGCUGUCUGCUACUUCCUGCUCGGGAUGGACCUCCGCUCUGGCUUACUCAAUCUCUUCUCCAUUAUCAUGAUCCUUGUGGAUACUGCAGGCUUCAUGGCAUUGUGGGGCAUCAGCUACAAUGCUGUGUCCCUCAUCAAUCUGGUCACGGCUGUGGGUAUCUCAGUGGAGUUUGUUUCCCACACUACCCGCUCCUUUGCCAUCAGUACUAAACCCACUCGGCUGGAGAGGGCCAAAGAAGCCACCAUCGUUAUGGGCAGUGCGGUGUUUGCUGGAGUGGCCAUGACCAAUCUCCCUGGCAUCCUCAUUCUGGGCCUCGCCAAGUCUCAACUCAUCCAGAUCUUCUUCUUUCGUCUCAAUUUCCUCAUCACCAUCUUUGGCAUGCUGCACGGUCUCAUCUUUCUGCCUGUGCUCCUCAGCUAUUUUGGGCCAGAUGUCAAACCAGUUCUGGUCCUGGCAGAACAGCAAAUAAAAGAGAAGACCAUGGCAAGCAUGGCAAACCCUGUGAAGGAAGCUUCUUUCUCAAAGUCUCCUCCUUCAUUCCAUCCUGACUUGAACUCCUAUACUAACUGGAAUUUUGAGGCUGAUAUGACCAAGCUUCCCAGUGGAACCAAAAUACGUGAACGAACACCUCUUUGAUGGUACCAAAAGCUGUCUAGUCCAUGGCUCUGUCAUUCAGAGCAUCUCACCAAAUCACAGAAUCACAGAAUUAGUUGGAAGGGCUUUACGGUCCAGUGAGUCUAAGCAGUACCUAGGCAGGAAUCCAGACUACAACACCUCAACAAGUGGUCAUCUAGUCUAUGCUUGACCUGAAGCAUACCAAUGAGAAGGAAACUGCUGCCUCAGGAAGCAUACCUUUGCACUUUUCCAUCCCACUAAUUCUUAGGAAGUUUUUUACUUACUUCUUUGUAAUACCUGCCCUGCUGCAUCUUUCAGUCACUACUCCUAGUGUUUCCAUUUUGCAGUCACCAGAAAACAAGCUGAAUCCCCCUUCUACAUCAUAGCCCUUCAAAUACUGGGAGACAGUAGUCUCCUCAGUCCCUUCAGCUAAUCCCCAUAUGGAAUGGUUUCCAGUCCCCUUACACCUUUGCUCAUUCUUCUCAAGAUAUACCACAGCUCAUCAAUGUCCUUCCUAAAAGUUGGUGCUCAGAGCUGAACAUUGUGGACUGAAUACGAUGAAGCCACCUUCUUUUCUGCAUUUUUCCUAAGGCAGCCAAAUAUCAGUAAACUUUUUUUUUUCCUGAA